UGCUGCCCGCACUCCGCUGCCCGCACACACCUGGUCGGAGCCGCGCGGUGCCGGCUGCCCAGGGUCCCGCAGCCGGGGCUGGUGCCGCUCGCAGCCCCCUGGGGAGCCCGACCCGCCGGAGCUGGCGGGACUCGACACGCACGAGCCGCGGGCUCAGCCCCGCACUGCCAGGGCGCAGCAUCCGGAGCCGAGAUGGACCCCGCGUCCGGGGCCGGGGACCUGGAGACCGCUCGCCUGGUGAGCGCCCUGGGCAGCCGCAGCGCCGGCACCCGGCGCCUCAAGAGUCUCUUCACAGGCUCCCAGAAGCCCUUCCCCGGCCUGCCCCCGGAGACCAGCCCUGCGGCUCCGUCCCUGGAGCUGGACCGGCGCCUGGCCAGGCACUGCCACCAUGGACCCCGCUCCCCCAGCCAGAGCCGUGUGGAGCUGCAGGCCUCCCGGAAGCUGGGCAUCGCCUGCGCCAUCUGCUUUGUCUUCAUGAUCGGCGAGGUCGUCGGCGGGUACCUGGCGCACAGCCUGGCCAUCAUGACUGAUGCUGCCCAUCUGCUGGCGGACGUGGGCAGCAUGGUGGUCAGCCUGUUCUCCCUGUGGGUCUCCGCCAGGCCGCCCACCAAGUCCAUGAGCUUCGGCUGGCACCGCUCAGAGACGCUGGGCGCCCUGGCCUCGGUGCUGUCCAUCUGGGUCGUGACCGGAGUCCUGGUGUACCUGGCCUCAGCCCGCAUCGUCAGCAACGACUACGAGAUCGACGCACGCGCCAUGCUGGCCACCUCCACCUGUGCCGUGGGCAUCAACGUCAUCAUGGCCUACAUCCUGCACCAGUCGGUCACGGGCCACAGCCACGCCCGGGGCUAUGAGAAGAUGGAGGAGAGUCCUGGCUGCGCACCCCCUGGAAGCCCCCUGCCCGGCAGCACCAGCGUGCGCGCCGCCUUCAUACAUGUGGUGGGGGACCUGCUGCAAAGUCUCGGGGUGCUGACGGCUGCCACCAUCAUCUACGUGGAGCCCCGGUACAAGAUCGCAGACCCCGUCAGCACCUUCCUCUUCUCCGUCUUCGUGCUGGGCUCCACCAUCACCAUCCUCAGGGACGUCUUCCGGGUCCUCAUGGAAGGGGCGCCGCGGGGCGUCGAGUUCACCGCGGUGAAGGACGUGCUACUGGCCGUGAAGGACGUGAAGGACGCCCACAACCUGCACCUCUGGGCCCUGACCCUCAGCCACCAUGUGGUGUCUGUGCACGUGGCAGUCGAUGCCGGCGCGGACAUGGAGGACGUGCUGCAGGAAGCCACCGCCCAGCUGCAGAGGACCUUUGGCUUCGUCUCGUGCACGGUGCAGGUGGAGAGGUACCUGGAGGACAUGGCCACCUGCCGCCAGUGCCAGGACCCCCGGGACUGAGCACCGGGCCCGCGGCACCUGGCACCAGCGAUGGAGACGCCCCAGCCCCCAGCCUCCGCUCUGCCCAGCCAGCGGGCUGUGGGGCUGCCCCACCAGGCCCUGGUCUUGGCUCUCUUUCUACUGCCAAUGGGGCGCAAGGGCCAAGGUACCUUGUGCCAGGAGCCCCCCCCACACUGCCCCAGGGGCUGCGCCCCACGGGGGGGAGAGAGCCAUGGGACUGCUGGAGCUGCCCUGCCCCCACUGCUGGGGCAGAGGGGCCAUGCUGGGACCGUUCUCCCCCUCUGCCUCUGCUGAGCUCUCGGGAAAGGGGGAGCCGUCGCCCCAGCGCCCCUUCAGGCAGCCUGUCUUUGCGCAGUGGGGUGCGAUGCAGAGCGCCCCCUGCAGGGUGAGAGUGUCACACUCCCUGCCCCCUGGCCCAGGACUGGGGCGGCUCUGCUCUGGGGCUGCUCCCGCAGCUGCUGCUACAUUGAAUCGCCCUACAUUGCAGGGGCCCUGCGCCCCCGGUCACCGCCAGAUGCCCGUUGUUCUCUCCUGCUCCUUACAGAGCAACGGCCACACUGGGCCAGACCAAAGGUCCCUCUAGCCCAAUGUCCUGUCUCCAGCCAGGGCCAGGGCCCCAGAGGGAGUGAACAGACCGGGCAAUCACCCAGUGAUCCCUCCCGUCGCCCAUUCCCAGCUCCUGGUAAACAGCAGCCUCAGCCCUGCCCAUCCCGGCCCACUGAUGGACCUGUCCUCCAUGGACAUAUCUAGCUCUUUUUGAACCCUGUUCUAGUCUUGGCCUUCACAACAUCCCCUGGCAAGGAGUUCCACAGGUUGACUGUGCGUUGUGUGAAGAAAUACUUCCUUCUGUUUGUUUAAACCUGCUGCCUAGUAAUUAAUUGGGCGACCGCUAGUUCUUGGGUUAUGAGGAGUAAAUGGCAUGUCCUUAUCUACUUUCUCCCCACCGGUCAGAAUUUCAUAGACCUCGAUCAUCUCCCCCCUUUGUCGUCUCUUUUCCAAGCAGAAGAGUCCCAGUCUGUUUAAUCUCCCCUCGUACGGAGCUGUUCCAGACCCCUCACCAUUUGUGUUGCCCUUUUCUGAACCGUUUCCAAGGCCAGUCUAGCUUUUCUGGGAUGGGGCACCCAAGACUUGUCCCAAGGCAGCAUCAGGCCACUAGUUACUACAGCUGACUCUGCCGCAGGGCCCCUCAGCUGUGUGGGGAGUUAGGGAGCUGGACGGCCCCAUCCCGCCCGCUGCAGCCCAGCCGUGCCUUGCUGGGGGCGGCUCCUGGGCUCAGGGCGAGCUUUGAAAGAUCUCCAGCCCUCUAAGCAGCAGGGGCCUGGUCCCGGGGGCGGGUGGGGGGUGGCCGCCUGGCUCACAGUCCCCUGGGGCAGGCCUGCAGUGUCUGUCGUGCUCCCUGCCGCACCCAGCUGACUGCAGGGUGGGAGGCUACCAGGACCCCCAGAGAGGGGUAUUUGCCCCCACCCAGGCUCUCUGCGUGGAACCCCUCCCUGGCAGCCCCCUGCCAGCAGCAGUGAUGGGGUGGGGCCGCAGCACCAGGCUAGGGCAGAGGGGCUGUCCUGUGCCCCCCACCCCCACCCCGCAGUCCCUACCCGGGGGCCUCUCCCAGCCAGGGCAAAUGCAGCUCCUGGCUUUGCCCCACUCACGGCCAGGCCUGGCCCCCUCCCCUUGCCUGAUCCAUGGCCCCGUGUCUGCCUGCCCUCCGCCAAACCCCGACUGAGUCGCUGGUGAGGCCGGAAGCCCUGGGUCAUGCAGCAUGACCAGGGGGCUGGAUUCCCACAGAGCCCCUCACUGAAAGCCCCCUGUGCUGCCAGAACCGGGCCGGGGGACAGGAGCUGCAGCAACCGCCAGCCCCCUUGAGCUCUGUGGGGAGCAGGACAGAUCCACGCAGAAGUUUCCUUACACCUUACGGGGCUGCAGAGAAUGGGGCGUGACCCAAGAGGGGGUGUGGCCCCCAUGCUGGUGGGGAGGGGAAGUGGAGAAGGAAGCUGGAUUCCUGCUGGCGGUGCCCUGGCCAGGGAAGCAGCUGGGCAGGCAAAGCCCAGCCCCCCGCAUCCCGCCUGCUGCAGGCUGAGCCACGGCCAGGAGUGAGGCCUUGUGCGGGCCCCGCUCGUGCCCCUUUGGCCCAGGGCGCUCUCGUUCCGUCCCAAGCAGGCGGCAGAGCUGCGGGACUGGCGCCUGGCCAACACCAUGGCAGCAGCCCAACGCUGCUGGGGACCAUCAGGAGAGGGCUGGAGAAGACAGAAAAUAUCAUGAUGCCUCUGGAUAAAUCCAUGGGACGCCCGCACUGGGAGCCCUGCGUGCGGCUCUGGUGGCCCAGCUCGAGAGGGACAGACUGUGUUACAACCGAGACCAGCACAGAGACGGGCCACGGCAACGGUGAGGGGCAUGGAGCAGGCUGGGUCUGAGGAGAGAUUAAGACUGGGACCGUUCAGCGUGGAAAAGAGACGACGAAGGGGGAGACGAUAGAGGUCAUUAAAACCACGACAGGCGUGGGGAAAGCAGAAAAGGACGUGUGAUUGACUCCUCAUAACCCAAGAACUAGGGGUCGCCCAACGACAUUACUAGGCAGCGGGUUGAAAACAAACACAAGGCAGUAUUUCUUCACACAACGCACAGCCAACCUGUGGAACUCCUUGCCAGGGGAUGUUGUGAAUGGGUUCAAAAGGAAUUAGAUACGCUCCUGGAGGACAGAUCCAUCAGCCAAGAGGGUCAGGGUCACUACGCCAUGCUUGGGGCGUCCCUAGACCUGUUUGCCAGGAGCUGGGAAUGGGCGACGGGAUGGAUCACUGGGCGAUUCCCUGUUCUGUUCGUUCCCUCUGGGGCACCUGGCCCUGGCCACUGUCGGCAGACGGGAUACGGGGCCAGAUGGACCUUUGCUCUGACCCAGAGCCGUUCUUACGUUCUAACAUGAGCUGCCAGUGCACUGCUGUGGCCAAAAGAGCUAAUGUGACCCUGGGGUGCACAAGUAGAGGAAUUUCGAGUAGAAGUUGUGGUUACUUUCUCUUUGUGUCUGGCAUCGGUGCGACCACUGCUGGGAUCCCUCGUCCAGGUCUGGUGCCCACAGUUCAGGAAGGAGGUUGAUCAACUGGAGAGGGGUCAGAGAAGACCCAGGAGAAUGAUUAAAGGAUUAGAAAAUCUGGCCGAUAAUGAUAGACUCCAGCAAAGAGAAGGUGAAGGGAUGACUUGAGCCCAGGCUGGAAGUGCUGACAUGGGGAACAAAUAUUUAACAACCGGCUCCUAGUCUAGCCGAGGAGGUGGAAUGGGGCCAGGGCUGGAAGCUGAAGUGAGACACAGACUGGAGAGAAGAUGUAAACGUUGAAUGGUGCGGGGGGAAUUACCCAUGGGAACCAUUUCUCCAAGGUCUUGGUGGAUUUUUUCACUCCAGAGGGGAUGUUCUUCUAACAGCUCGGCCCUGGGGCAGGUCGCGGGCCCGCGAGAUGCAGGGGCUCAGACAAGAGGACAAUGGACCCUUCUGGCCUGCGCUGCCCUGCCCUAGGAGGGGCCAACAGGCCCAAGCCAGGAACCCCCCUCGGCUGCUGUGAUGGCAGCAGUUCUGCUUCCCUGAACAAGCCAGGGAGGGGGGCUGGCUCAGGGCACCCCUGCCCCCCUGCACGCCCCUGCCCCCUGCACGCCCCCGCUUUGCUUCGCACCCCCCCCCCCCGCCAAGGUACUGCCGAGCCCCCGCCGUGCUGCCCCAGCCCAUGUCACGGCUUGGUCAGUGUCGCCCCGCGGGGGGUGUUGAUGUCCGUCACCCCGUGCCGUGCGUCCGUGUCUGUCUGUGGGUCUGUCUGUGCCUGUCUGGGGUGAGGAAACCGGGGUCCACACUGUAAGGCCGUGGAGACACCACCAAGGACUCCAAUAAACGGUCGCCCUCAGACCAGC